UCUCAGUGACCACAUCUCCAAACAACUUGAAGUGCUUCGGAGCACGACUGCUAAAAGCAAUCAAAGAGAGUGUUGAGAUAGGUAGAAUUAUGAAUGAGGAAAGCAGCAAUCACUCGGUGAGCUGUAGUUAGUUCAAAGCUGUGAAUACAAUCGAAAACAGCUGUUUUAAAGUAUGUAUCAACGCGAGCAAAUACUUCUCUGAUAAGAUUUGAUUUUGCUAAUAAAGGUAGCAAGGCAGUAAUUCAAUUGUUCAGAUAUCAAUGUGAAGCCAAAUAAAUAGUUCAAGUCAAUAUAUAAAUUAAAAAACUACGCUUCGCAAAUGCAGAGCGCAGUAAGCAGUGAAAAAUAAAAUAAAUUAACCGAAACAAACCCGCAAAAAAGAGAAUUUAAUCUUACAAUCAAAGCAAAAUUACGCGUGCAACAAUAAUUGGCUGUCGUUAGCAAAAUGGAUCAGCAGCGCCGCAUAGUCUGCGUCGGUAUGUGCGUGCUAGAUGUCAUACACGUCGUGGAUCAUUACCCUGUCGAAGAUACCGAUAAACGUUGUGUAACUGGCUAUUGGCAGCGUGGUGGCAAUGCUUCCAACAACUGCAGUGUACUGCGGCAAUUAGGCGGCGCUCAUGUCGAAUUUUUGGGUAUGCUAAGCGCUUCGCCGGCCUUUGGUUUCCUUUGCGAAGAUUGUCACAAGCAUGGAAUAGCUAUUGAAAAUUGUCCAAAAACUGAAAAGGAUCCACCCUUCUCAUCGGUCAUACUCAACAAUGAGACUGGUUCGCGCACAAUCAUUCAUUCCAAUCCCGAAUUUCCACCGUUGGAAUAUAAGCAUCUUGCACAACUGAAAUUGAGCAACUAUGGCUGGGUUCAUCUCGAAGGUCGCAAUCCUGAGUCUGUUUUGCAAUUCAUAAAGGAUAUUCGCAACUAUAAUAAAGAGAUGAAAAACACUAAAAAUCAAAUUAGAAUAUCAGUCGAUCUGGAAAAAAUUAAGGACGAAAUACUUAUUUUGGGUGAGUCAGCUGACAUUGUCUUUCUAGGCAAAGACUUGGCAACUCACUUGGGUUGGAACCAGCCAGAAGAGGCAGUAAUGGGUUUAUAUGACAAAUUCAAACCCCAGGCAGAAUUGAAUAAUUCUAAACCAGCAAUUAUAUGCCCCUGGGGCGCUGAGGGUGCGGGUUGUGUGGAUGCGCAGGGCAAUUACUGUUUCGUACCUUCAAAAAAAGUACCUCAGAUAGUAGACUCGUUGGGUGCUGGUGAUACUUUCUGCGCUGGAGUUAUACAUGCGUUGCAAGUGCUCAAUAAAAGUUUGCCAGAGGCUGUACAGAUCGGGCACUCCGUCGCGGGUUACAAACUGGGACACCGUGGCUACGAUAACAUAAAGAACUUUUGGCAGGAUCAGCGAGAAAAUUCAAAAUAAAAAGGUUUGAAAUUGUUUUGUAUGUUAAGUUACCUUCAAUUGUUACCCAGAUGGGCUACGUGAAAUUAUUUAAUCGUCUGGCACAUAUUUUUGUUACUUUCAACUUACUAAUUUAAAGAAAUAUAUAAAUAUAAGUAUGUUCUUUAGUUAAAUUUAAUCUGCCUAUGAUUAUUUGUA